UCCGUAGGCAGCGCAUGCUAUUUUACGUCAUUGUUGCUGCGCCUUAUUUUCUGUGCGGCGCGCUCUCUCUCGCUAUGUUCAAGGUAAAGCAGUUGUUGGCUGCUCCUGCUAGCUUGAGCUUGCUUGCUGUCCAAGUGUAUGCUGCUGCUCCGGACCGUGAAUCUUCCAGAAAGAAAGUUCUGAAAGUUGAUGAGCUUUCGCUCUAUACCAGUCCAGCAACAAAAUUAAAGUAUGUGGAAGACCCACAAACGCAAUUGGAGGAAGGCAUUUCUCACCUUCGGCACUCCUUGGAGCCAUAUACAGACUGGUUUCAGGACUUUUCUGGCAAAGCUACACCCAAAAUAGAAAAGGCUGCUGAGUAUAGUAGAGAAGGUUAUGAACUUCUUAAAAACCCACCUCCAGGAUUUUAUCCAAGACUUGGUGUCAUAGGUUUUGCUGGUGUUGUUGGUUUGUUCCUGGCAAGAGGUUCCAAAAUAAAGAAGUUUGUUUAUCCAGUAAGCUUCAUUGGGAUUGGUGCCUCGCUUUACUAUCCUCAGCAAGCUAUUACCAUUGCCAAGGUAACUGGCUCUCAACUAUAUGAAUGGAGUUUGCAAGCAUACAUAAAUAUAGAAUCUCUCUGGAAGGACAGCCCCAAAAAGAAGAAAUCUGCAAAAGCAAGUGAAAAGGCUGAUGCAGAGAGUGACAAAGUGAAAGUUCAAGAAGAAAAAACAAUAAAAUAGAAUUCUCCACGGCUUGUCAUUGAAAAAGAUGGCUAGAAAGCUUUACAGAAGAUCAGCGCUUUCGUAGAAAAUCACAGCAUCUCUGGUGACUGAGUACAGUGUACUUGUGUCUUGGUUCAGAAAAUAUUGGUCUUACAUUCUGUUGAAACUAUACCUGGAUGAAGGAACACUUCUUUGUCUUCUGCCAGUUUUAAUUCUGAUUUUGGAGUUCUGUAAGAUGAUUCAGAGGCUGCUUCAGGAUCUGGGCCAACAGCUGCAUUUGUGAGCCCUACUUACAAGGAAAUAUGGUCCAUUGAACAUUACAGGAUUUAAUUCUAAAUAAGCGUGUGAGAAUGAGCUGCAAACUGAGUCCCAGACCUUUCCAGUCUCUUAUUAUUUAUACGCUUGAUUAAAAUGAAGAUUUAAAACAUUG